AAAAAUUGGUCAUUGGGCCCGUACCCCACCUCCUGUCUAUACACAAAUAAGAACAGGAAAAGAAAAAGGGAAAAUAGUAAUUAGGAGCGUGCCUACCUGUAACACUAGGACUAAAGCAAGAAUUAAGAGAAAGGUUUACAUUCUAAUAUGCUAUAAAUAUAUAUCUAGGGUUAGGGCUUUACCACCACCCACAAAGCAUAGCAAACUAUCCCAUAUGAACGCCCUCUCUCUAUUCCUGUCACUCACUCUCACUCACUUUCAAUUUAAUUACCUUCCUUUGAUGAAACCCAGUUCCUGAUUAAGGAUUUGGGGAUCUGAUUGGUUCCGGUUGAAAUCAUGAGGAAGCGUCAGGUUGUUGUGAGGAGAGAAGAACCUUCAUCUUAUACCAUUAGGAACGUGAGAUAUGUAGAGUGCCAGAAGAAUCAUGCCGCCGGAGUCGGAGGGUAUGCUGUUGAUGGGUGCAGGGAGUUCAUGGCGAGUGGAGAGGAGGGCACAGCUGCACUGACCUGCGCCGCCUGUGGAUGCCACCGGAACUUCCACCGGAGAGAAGUCGAGACUGUGUGCGAGUGCUCUUCACCCACUUCGACUAAUGAGGCUGCUUGAUCUUCAAGAAUAAUGUGUCUACAAACAACCCUAAACUUGCAGAAGGCAGCAGCUUCAUGUUUAUGUUGAUUAUUCUGCCCUAGCUUGGAUCAAUGAAGCAACCUAGCUAGAUUUCUGAAACUGUAUCAUAUAGGCUAAGCAAUCUACAUAUUUGAUAGUUUAGUUUAUUUAAUACAUAAUUGUUCGAGCAAGUAGAUUGAAGCCUCUUUACUUCUGGGCAUGAUUACUGUAUAUAAUUGGCAUAAAGCAUAUAUAUUCAUG